CCUAGCGCCUGCCCCUCCCUGGCUGUGUCCCGGGCUCUGUCGGUGCGAGGAGCUGCCGCUGGCGCCACGGAGCCGGCCCGAGUCUUCUCAGAUGAGAAAACUGAGGUCCUGGAUUUCCCAUUGUGGCUCAGCGGCUUAAGAACCCGACAUAGGAAGUUUCCGUGGUGGCACAGUGAUAACGUGAUAAUGAGCCUGACUAGUAUGCCUGAGAAUGCAGGUUCGAUCCCUGGCCUGGCUCAGUGGGUUAAGGAUCCAGUGUUGCCAUGAGCUGUGGUGUGGGUCACAGAUGCGUCUCGGAUCUGGCAUGGCUGUGGCUGUGGUGUAGGCCAGCCGCUGCAGCUCCAUUGUGACCCCUAGUCUGGGAAUUUCCCUAUGCUGCAGGUAUGGCCUUGAAAAAACCGGAGUUCCCGUCGUGGCCCAGUGGUUAACGAAUCCAACUAGGAAUCAUGAGGUUGCGGGUUCGAUCCCUGCCCUUGCUCAGUGGGUUAACGAUCCGGCGUUGCCAUGUGCGGUGGUGUAGGUUGCAGACUCGACUCGGAUCCUGCGUUUCUGUGGCUGUGGCGUAGGCAGGUGGCUACAACUCCGAUUAGACCCCAGCUUGGGAACCUCCAUAUGCUGUGGGAGCGGCCCAAGAAAUGGCAAAAAGACAGACAAAAAAAAAAAAAGAAAAAACCCCAAAAAACUGAAUUCCUGUGGUAUGAAGUAAAUCACACAGGGUCACAGGAAGUGAGGGCAGUCAGAUUCUAAGCCAGGCAGUUUGGCUUCAGAGGCUGCACUUAACCUCAGUGCUGCAGCCUUGUUUCUCUUGGCCUCAUUUCCCUUAUCUGUGAAAGGGGGCAGUUAUAGAACUUUUCUCAUGGGGCUGACAUGAAGUUCAAGUGAGUUAAUCCAUUUGAAGAGCUUAGGAUAUCACCUGUUAUUUAGCAAGUGCUCAGGAAAUAUGAGCUAUCCUGGUUUUAGGAGGUUUUAUUUGUUUGUUUGUUUUGGGCUUGCCUGCAGCAUGCAGAAGUUCUUGGGCCAGGGAUGGAGCCCAAGCCACAGCAGGGACAACACCAGAUCCUUAACCCUUUGAGCCACCAGAGAACUCGCUAUCAUGUUUAUUAAGGAGAAACUUUUAUCAGUCAGACUGUCCAGAGAGGAUCCGGAAGGGAGUAGCGAGGGCCUUAUCCAGAGAUAGGCAGAGAUAGGGGAUCUGCCUCGAAGUGUAGGGGAAUUCAAGCCCUGGGAAAGGGUGGGCUUCAAGCCCUUGAACUCACCUUCCAGCCCUAGGACUUAGUGGGAAAAGUGAAAAAGCUGAGGGUGGAACAGAGAGGUGUAGGAUGGAGGCCAAAAACCAAACAGGAGAUGCAGGGAGAGCUUCCUUUGGGAAGCGCGGCUUGGUGGGAUUCAGACAAGCCAUGAAGGACCUGGGGACUUGCACGGUGUGAUGGAAGCCAUAGAAAAUUCUUGAGCAGGGGACAGAGCAUGACAUGGUACCUUUGGGAGAAGACUCCUUAGGUUGUGUGCAAGGACGGGGGACUGAGGCUGGGCCACCAGUUAGAAGGAUGCUGAUUCGAAAGAUGCAGCCCUUGGUGUUCUUGUCGUGGUUCAGUGGUUAACGAACCUAGCUAGUAUCCAUGUGGUUGCAGGUUCCAUCCCUGGCCUCUCUCAGUGAGUUAAGGAUCUCGUGUUGCCAUGAGCUGUGGUGUAGGUCGAAGAUGCAGCUUGGAUCCUGUGUUACUUGCUGUGGUGUAGGCCGAUUGGACCCCUAGCCUGGGAACCUCCAUAUGCUGAGGGUGCAGCCGUAAAAAGACAAGAGACCCCCCCGAAAACAUUUUUAAAAUGAAGAUGCAGCCCUUGUUCUCCCUCCCCACCCCCCUGCCUCGGGGCUCCUGAGUCCUCCUUGGGUCCUAACUUAGAAGCCACCAACCACUGAAGUGUACAGAUGAGGAAACAGGCCUGGAAAGGAGCACUAGGAGUUCCCCUAUGGUGCAGAAGGUCAAGGAUCUGGCAUUGUCACUGCAGUGGCUUGGCUCGCUACUGUGGCACCUGUUCGAUCCCUGGCCCUGGAACUUCUACAUGCUGUGGGCACUGCCAAAGUUAAAAAAAGAAAGAAAGGAGCUCUAGAAUCCAGGCUUCCUAUCUCCCAGCCCAGCUUCUGGACUUACCUGGUUCCCCUCCCCUCCCUAAAGUACUGUCCUUCCCCCCACCCUGGCUGCCCCCAGCAGCUGCUGCAAGCACUCCUUAAGUGGAUCUGCCUUAAUCCUCUUCCCUUCAUCCCCCAGGGAGGAUGAGCUGGUGUUAAGACUAAUGCAGCCAUUAAUCCUAUUUCCUCCCAGCCAUGAUCCCCAGGAGCAGCUGGGUGGAGGGUGUCUGGGCCCCAAACCGAGAAAGAAGGGGCCUUAGCUAGAGCCUGGUCCCAGGAGACCAGGCUAGAGCAGACAUCACAUCUGAAUCAGAGGCUUCUCACUUCUGCUAACAGUGGAUCAAGCUUCCUUGAGAGUAACUGAGCUCCCCCACUCCCAGAGCUAUGGGAGCAAGAACCAAACCACUCCAGAGCAGAGGGUGGACCAGGAUUCCUACCUGGGGUGGAGUCCCGUCCAGCUGUGCAAGGCCAGGAUUCCGUGUGAACAGUUGCUGACGCUGAAAACUAACCAACCAGAGGGGAGAAACAAAAUACCUAUACUGGGAACCUAUCCCUUUCAGCCAAAUGGUGCCGGUCACCACAUUUAGCCCACUGUCUUUGUCGUCUUCUGGCCUGGACACUUGGAGACCUUCAGGCCAGACUCGUAUCUGGGCCUCUGUGUCUGCAGCCUUGCACAGGUCUUGGACACUGAGCUGAAGAAGGAAGAUGGUGAGAUGGAUGAAGCCAGGGCCUUCUGGGAAUGCCACAGGGUUUGGAAAAGCCCAAAGGCUGGGAGGGAAGUGAAGGUGGACCUUUGGAUGGUCUCGGCCUCCUCUCUUAGCUCUUCUCAGGUCACCUGGUUCAGCUCCUUUCAUCAGUGAACAGACCGGAGAAGCAGGAAUAUUUGCAAGGAAGGAUGUACAUUCCGGGUGGGAAAUGAGUUAAGACAGGGUUUCCUCUAAGGCCUUAGGGGGCUUUGGUGAGGAGAGAAGUCUUGGAGAAUGGAAAAGGGGUAUGACUCCUAACUUUGCCUCUUUCACAGAGAAGCCCAGCCCAUCAAGGCCAUGGAGGUAGAGUCUUUGGAGGACCGGUCCCCAGCCCCAGGGUACAAGCGCUCUGGCCGCCGCUAUAAGUGCCUAUCCUGUACCAAGACAUUUCCAAAUGCGCCGCGCGCAGCACGUCACGCUGCCACACACGGGCCUGCAGACUGCACAGAGGAGGCCGCCGAGGUGAAGCUGAAGCCAGAGACAGACCCCAAAGCGGAGGAUGCCAGUGGGGACAAGGUAUCAGGUGCAGCGGCUAAGCCUCGGCCCUACGCGUGCCCGCUGUGCCCCAAGGCUUACAAAACGGCACCAGAGCUGCGCAGUCACGGGCGCAGCCACACGGGCGAGAAGCCCUUCCCCUGCCCGGAGUGCGGCCGCCGCUUCAUGCAGCCCGUGUGCCUGCGCGUGCACCUAGCCUCGCACGCAGGUGAGCUGCCCUUCCGCUGCGCGCACUGCCCCAAGGCCUAUGGCGCGCUCUCCAAGCUCAAGAUCCACCAGCGCGGCCACACCGGCGAGAGGCCCUACACCUGCGCCGACUGCGGCAAGAGCUUCGCAGACCCCUCGGUGUUCCGAAAGCACCGGCGCACGCACGCAGGCCUGCGGCCCUAUGGCUGCGAGCGCUGUGGCAAAGCCUAUGCUGAGCUCAAGGACCUCCGCAACCACGAGCGGUCCCACACAGGCGAGCGCCCCUUCCUCUGCUCAGAGUGCGGGAAGAGCUUCUCCCGCUCGUCCUCACUCACCUGCCACCAGCGCAUCCACGCGGCACAGAAGCCUUACCGUUGCCCGGCCUGUGGCAAGGGCUUCACGCAGCUCAGCUCCUACCAGAGUCACGAGCGCACGCACUCGGGCGAGAAGCCCUUCCUGUGCCCGCGCUGCGGCCGCAUGUUCUCCGACCCCUCGAGCUUCCGGCGUCACCAGCGGGCCCACGAGGGCGUGAAGCCCUACCGCUGCGAGAAAUGUGGCAAAGACUUCCGGCAGCCUGCCGACCUGGCCAUGCACCGGAGGGUGCACACGGGCGACCGGCCGUUCAAGUGCUUGCAGUGCGACAAGACGUUCGUGGCGUCCUGGGACCUCAAGCGACACGCGUUGGUGCACUCGGGCCAGCGGCCCUUCCGCUGUGAGGAGUGCGGGCGGGCCUUUGCUGAGCGAGCCAGCCUCACAAAACACAGCCGGGUGCACUCGGGUGAGCGCCCCUUCCACUGCAAUGCCUGCGGAAAGUCCUUCGUGGUCUCGUCAAGCCUGAGGAAGCACGAGCGGACUCAUCGAAGUAGCGAGGCCGCAGGGGCUCCCCCGCAACAGGAGCUGGUAGUGGGGCUGGCGCUGCCGGUCAGCGUGGCAGGCGAGGGCUCAGCCGCCCCGGCAGCAGGGGCGGGGCUCGGGGACCCUCCAGCCGGGCUGCUGGGGCUGCCCCCGGAAUCAGGAGGUGUGAUGGCCACCCAGUGGCAAGUGGUGGGCAUGACGGUGGAGCACGUGGAGUGCCAAGAUGCUGGGGUUGGGGAGGCUCCUGGUCCCUUGGGGGGGGCAGGCGAGGUGGGGGGUGAGGAGGUGGACGAGAAACCACCACAGUUUGUGUGCCGGGAGUGCAAGGAGACCUUCUCCACGCUGACGUUGCUGCGAAGGCACGAGCGCUCACACCCAGAGCUCCGGCCCUUUCCCUGCACCCAGUGUGGGAAGAGCUUCUCAGACAGGGCUGGGCUGCGCAAGCACAGCCGCACCCACAGCUCUGUGCGCCCCUACACCUGCCCCCACUGCCCCAAGGCCUUCUUGAGUGCCAGCGACCUGCGCAAGCACGAACGCACCCACCCUGUGCCCAUCGGGACCCCUACACCCCUGGAGCCCCUUGUGGCUUUGCUGGGAAUGCCUGAAGAGGGGCCAGCCUGAGGCCCACGCCCCUUCCGCCACACUCCUAGGAGCUCCGCCCCUUCAGGGUGCCUCCUGAAUUUCCCUUUGCCCCAGCUCACUCUUAGACUCCAGAUCCAUACCUGCGCCCCAGGCAGCUAGCUCACCUUCCUGACAGAGCUGGGGACAGCAGAGGCUGGCAAGAGACAUGGCUCUCUGGGCACCACUCAUUAAAACACUCACUUUGACACUAGGUUGUUUUCUUGUCUGGUUGGGGAUGAGUGGGAAUUUGGGCAUCAGAUGGGCUUCAGUGGAGACCCCAGGGUUGACAGAUUAGAAACUAGAAGGGUCUUUGGAUGCAUUGCUUUCUCUAAAUAACGUUUCAGAAAUGUCUUGUGACAAAGGAUUCCAUGGUCAAGUAAGUACAGGAAAUUCAUCCCUGUACCUGUCUUGGGGAUUCUUGGUGAUCAAAGUAUAUUAAAAUCAUUGAUAAGACUUGCAGUGAACAAAUCUGUUUAAUUUUGUUUUGCCCGUUCAAUUUGAUCUUUUACUGAGUGGUUCUACUCCUGUACUUCUACAGAUAAACUGAGGCCCAAGGUUAGUAUAUUUUCUGUAAAUUACAAUAACAAAUUAGAAAAUAUACUUGGGGUCGCAUUCACAAUAACAACAAACCCAUCAACCACAAAGGAAUAAACCUUGCAAAAAACACACAAAUCUAUAUAAAGAGGGCUGUGAGACCUAACUAAAUGGAGACAUACCAUGUACCUGAGUGAAAAGAUAUCAUUAAAAGAUGUUGAUUCUCCA